ACCCUCGCCACCAAGCGAGGUCAGCUUGGCAUGCUCGGGGCGCAGCUGGAGGAAGUAGGCGCGGAGAGCAGCCAGCCUGUUGCUGGGCGGCGGGGGCGGCGGGGGGUGCGCACAGCGAAGUAGCUCUGUAGCACGCAGGGGGAGGGGAGAAAUUGCUCCGACUGUAGGUGUAGCCCCGCCGAGAUCGCACUUCUCCUCCCGCCGCCUCCCACCGCUGCGGCCGGAGGAAGCGGGUGGGGGGGGAACCGCUGUGUACGCUACUACGUCACCCCGCCCCCCCCGCGGGAAAUUCCCCGCCGCGGGGAGGAGCGGCCAAGGUAGGGCCAGGAACAGCUGAGCCGGAGCAGCAGGAGGCGCGGAGCUGCCGCCGCCGAGAGUCCCGGGCUGAGCGCGCGUGCGGAGCGGGCACCAUGGCUGGUGGGUCUGAACCCUGCGUAGAAAUAUUCGAGCAACCCAGGCAAAGAGGCAUGCGUUUCAGGUACAAAUGUGAGGGAAGAUCAGCAGGCAGCAUUCCAGGAGAACGCAGUACCGACAGCAAUAAGACAUAUCCCUCUGUGGAGGUUCUGAACUUUGAUGAUAAAGUGAAAGUAAGGAUUACAUUAGUGACAAAGAAUGAGCCCUACAAGCCGCAUCCUCAUGACCUGGUUGGAAAAGACUGUAGGGAUGGCUACUAUGAAGCAGAAUUUGGACGAGAUCGCAGAGUCCUAUCUUUUCAGAAUUUGGGCAUUCAGUGUGUUAAAAAGAGAGACCUGAAAGAAUCAAUCUGUUCACGAAUCGCAAGAAAGAUCAAUCCAUUCAGUGUGCCCGAAGAACAGCUGCUCAAUGUUGAUGAGUAUGACCUCAAUGUCGUGAGACUCUGCUUUCAGGUGUUCCUCCCUGAUGAACACGGCAGUUGCACGUUACCACUUCCUCCUGUCAUCUCCAACCCUAUUUAUGAUAACCGGGCUCCCAACACAGCAGAGUUGAGAAUCUGUCGUGUGAACAAGAACUGUGGAAGUGUAAAAGGAGGAGAUGAAAUAUUUCUACUGUGUGACAAGGUUCAAAAAGAUGAUAUAGAAGUCAGAUUUGUCUGGAAUGAGUGGGAAGCCAAAGGUAGUUUCUCACAAGCUGAUGUACACCGUCAAGUCGCUAUUGUAUUCAAAACCCCACCAUUUUACGAAGACAUCACUGAACCAGUUACGGUAAAGAUGCAGCUGCGAAGGCCUUCUGACCAGGAAGUCAGUGAGUCAAUGGAUUUCAGAUAUCUACCAGAUGAAAAAGAUCCUUAUGGUAAUAAAGCAAAAAGGCAAAGGCAAAUAUCAACAUUGACUUUGCAAAAGCUCAUCCAGGAAUACGGUCCCAAUGUGUCCGAGAGGCCCAAAGCAGCUCCAUUCCGGUCUAUCCCUGGCGAAGGGCGGGUAAUUAAGAAAGAACCAAAUAUGUUUUCUCAAACUGCAAUUAUGCCACUGCAGAGAACUCCUGUAAGCACCAGUCAAAUUCCGUCUUAUUAUUCCGCACCCACAUGCAAUUCAAAUCCAAUCCCACAUCACCAUACAAAUGUGCAGGCCAUGGGACCGGUUAAGCAUGAUGAAGCUCUUUCUUCAUGUUGGCAUUCCCUGUGCUCCUCUUCUUCAUCGGGCAACACAGUUAAUACACAGACACAGAACUGUUUUGUGAUGGAUGCACUUAACCCUAACCCACAAAACAGCAGUUCUCUCUCAGCUCUUCCUGAAAAUGUUCUGAACUGGACUGAUCAGAAGGAUCUAAACUACUAUCGAGAUUUUGCCAGCACAAAUGGUAUAGGAGCAUCAGCGAUGUCACAGCAAGACAUGCAGAAUGUCUCUGAUAGCAGCAUCAUGCAUCAGGCUCACACCAUAAACGUCACAGCACCCAGCAUUGUUAACAUGGAGACUGAUGAAAUGGGAUGCAUGAGCAUGAACGUAGAAAAGGCAUCAUUUAAUCAAGUUUUAAAUCCAAGUGAUCACAGGAGGCAAAUCCAUCAGGUGCCUUCUACCAGUACAUCUCUAGCAGCUUCUUGUAGCUCAUCUUUUAGUUCACAGUCCAACGCAUUUCAUUCAGCUGCGUACAAUUUCGCAGACCCUCAAGUUGUGAACGAAUCAAGGCCACCCAGCACUCUUAUUCAGAAUAAUCAAAAUAGUGCUUCCAAUAGCCAGUACUACAUGGGUGGGACCCAAGGUGAAGAAGAGUUUUUGAACUCCUUUGGAACCACUUUAGAGGAUCUAUUGGGGAGCUACAACCACUGAGUCUCUGUUUUGUUGUCAAUCUGAAAACCAGUAUCCAAAGUUUCUCUCGUGGCCAGAGACAGACAAUUGAUAUGUAAUUGAAUAUUCCUAUUCAUAGUUACUGCUGUGGGAGCCUGGCUUUUCCUCUUGGAAUGUUUAUCAGGGCAACUUAUUAUGCACAUUUCAGACUAUAAUUAGGGUGGCUGAUCAAGGGUUGAUGCCACAUUAAAGGCGACAUUAGGGAAUAGGGUUUGGGAAUUUGUACAUCCAAAGAACCCCACAUAAUUUUUUUACAGUGUUGGAAAGGGAUAGUGAAGGGGGCUGCUAGGUGCUAAAGACCUCCUGCACUCAGCAGAAGCUCACCCCUGGAAACAGGUAUCUUCAGAGGGGCCAAGUUUAUAUAAUUUAAGGGAAAGAACUAGCUGGAAACAAAAACAGGUGUUGCUCCGUACAAAAUUAAUAUAAACUUGCUAAAUAAGAAACUAGACAAACCCAGGAAUUGUCCUGCUGGUGCACAGCAGUGGCCUAUUUAGUCCCCUUAAUAUUUUCUUCUUACCUGACAGUGCUGUCUCAACAUUUUUAUAUAUACGUUUUUAUUGCUAAACUUAGCUUAUGCACUGAUCUUUUUUACAUUUAUAUGUUCACUCCAUUUGCUUAGAAAGCAAAUUAUUCUUAAAAAUGGUAAUGACUAUGUCAUUGUUAAGUCUAUUUAAAAAUAUUAGAAUGUUCCCUGGAAUUCUUAAAUAGUGCAGCUAUGGUGUGGCAUGAAUUGUUGAACAAAGAAGCAAAACUACUUUGCACUGUUCUCUCAGUGUUUUUUUUUUUUUUUUUUACUCUAACGUACUGGAUGCUUUAUGAAUAGUAGCAGGGGAUUGGUACUGUAAGGAAUACACUUUUUGGGGUUGCAUGUGUUUGUUUUUGAAUUUCAUAAAAUAUACUGGGUUAGAUCCUCUUACAUGGCACCUCCUUUCUGGUGACUUUGGGCUAGUCGAGAAGCUGGCUACCCAAACACAAGCAGCUGAGAGUCCCCUUGCCGAGGAGAGUCCUGGGUGCCAUAAAGCUAGCAUUGCAACCUCUGCACCACCUACUUCUGGCUCCUGGCAUCAUGGGCAAAGGGAAGGUGUGGCCAAAACAUGCUGUGCUCUGGACACCCAGAAUGAUUCCACGCUGCUAAUUAGGAUCCCCAUCUGCACCCGGAAUGAGGGGCUGUGCCCUACCCCUUUAGCCCCAUAGGUUGUCAAGCAUAACUCGGGCACCUGUGAGGAUCUAGCCCAUAAAUGAUAUUUCUUUGUGGGGUUUUGGGGUUAUCUUGUUUUGGUUUCUAUAGCUUCAAGUUCUCUAAUCAGACACAUUCACUUUUUUUAAAGCUAUUUAAACAGUCUGCUCCACUGCCAAAGGCAUCACUAAACUUUUAAAACUCGUAUAAGUCUAUUUAUUGACUGGAGAACAGAUCUCACUGACUCCCAGAUGCAAUAAUAAAUAAAUCUCAUUCAGAGCAAUAAUUUGAAGGGCGUAGGUCAGGAGUUUUCAACCUGUGGUCUGCGGACCUGCAAACUAGGUCAAAGGGCUGGUCUUCAAUACGGGGAGAUCAACACUGCUGCAAUUGAUGCAGCAGGCAUCGAUUUAGCAGAUCUAGUAAAAACCCGCUAAAUCGAUGACAGAGCACUCUCUGGUCAACCCUGGCACUCCACCUCUGGGAGAAGAGUACGGGAAGUCGACUGGAGAGCGUCUAUGAUCAGCGCAGCUCAGUGAAGACACUGGGGUAAGUCGACCAAAGCUAUGUCGACUCCAGCUUUGUUCACGUAGCUGGAGUAGCGUAACUGAGGUUGACUUACCCCGGUAGUGAAGACAAGUGCUAAGAUUUCCAAAGGGGUCCGCACCUCUAUUUGAAAUUUUUUAGGGGUCCCACAAAUGAAAAAAGGUUGAAAACCACUGGUGUAGGUGAUUAUGCACCUCCCGUCGUAAUGCUCAAUACAGGGCAGGUGUGUGUAUGAAUUUCUGCAGAUAUUUUUAGAUUGUAUUAUCGGGGCUGUCCCUAGGCAUAUGCGGCUACGUAGGGCACUGGAAAAUGUGGGGCACCACCCUCGCUGGCUGUGGCUGGAAUCCUCUGUUCUCCAGCCCCUUGCCUGUGCUGGGCCAGCAGGCUUCUCCCCACCCCCUCCCUUGCUCCUCAGCUGGCCAGCUGAGGCUCCAGCCUCCGGCUCUGCCGGUGCACCGCUGCUCAGAGUGGAGUCCUUCCCUGGACCCUGCCUACCUGCACUGCUUGGUGUCCGGGGGGGCUGGGUUGGGGCCAGGAUGGGAGGAGUGAAACUUCCACAUGGGGGGGCUGGGACUUAAAGUGACAGUGUGCUCACUGUCUCUCACACUUCCCUAACACACACACAGUCUGGCUCUCACACCCCCAUACACUCUGCCUCUCACGAGUCAAUCUCUCAAUACAGAUUUUUCUCUUACACACACAGUCACAUACAUACACACACACACACGUAUUAUUGUUAUUACUGCUUGGUACAUCCUGUCAAAAGGCUCGUGGUGAGUGGCUGCAGGAGGGCCAUGGGCUCUGGCAAGAUGCAGCCCCCAUGUGACAGCACGAAGCCUGCCUUGAGCCAUUGCCGCAGCAUUUGCUGCGUACAAAGCAUGGUGUGUGUCAGCAAUGGGGGGGGGGGGGGGGUUCUGGGGGUCCGCAGGCAGGAGUGGUGGCUGGGCCACCUCAACACACUGGGGUCAGCGGUGCUGGCUGGGGACCGCCUUCAGUGGAGCAUAGGGGCUCUAGUCUAAUAAUACUGUAUAGGGCCCCAUAAAUCCUAAGGAUGGCCCUGUGUAUUAUAUAUGCAGCUGGAGCUUGGACAGGUGCUUCCUAUAAAUCUAAGGUGAGAGGAGCUGCAACGUGCUACUCGUCAGCAUUUUCGUAAUACUUUUAAAAUGAAUGAAAGGGACCAAGCAGCAUUUUUCAUGUGAUUUGUAGGUGUAAUAACCCAACAGAGCAUGACUGAGGAAAUAUAAAGCUUGAAAUAUGUGGUCAAUCAGUUUCUUUAAAGUUCUCAAUUAACAUUUUAGUAAUUUUUUUAUUUCAAAAAUUCUUUGCUACAAUUUUUUAUUGUGUAUAAUUAAAUAUUUUAAUUCACCUCUGUGUUUUCCUUUUUGGCUCCAAGAUGAGCUGGUUUUGUGUUUAUACUCUGUCCCCAUAGACCAUUCAAGAACAUUAGAUUGAAAAAGAAAAUCGGAUCCUAACAGUUAUUCAGCCCCUCUAAUACUCCUUGACUUAAAUGAGGCUACUCAUGUGAGGCCCCAAAAGCUUAAAUCAGCUUGAGAGACUCUGCUUUUGUUUUGUUCAUAUUAGGAAAUCUGUUUUUAAGGCAUUUUCCAUGGCUACUGAGUAUCGUUGGCUACUGGGAAGCCUAAAGUGACUAGUACACUAAGAGCGUCUCUGUGUAGUUUUUUGCAUUGAUUGCCUAAAUUGGUAGAAAAACAAAUUUAGUUAAAUCAGCACGCCACCAUAGUGUAUAGGCAGUUACAAUGUAAAGAUGUGUUUAUUGGUAUAGCUACAACUAUGAAUACCUUUACUAAACCUACCAGUUUAGUUAGAGCCAUGCAAAAUCUCUGUGUAGGCCUAAAGCCUACUUUCUGAAAAAUGACUCCUGAUAUUUUUGCAGGGGCUCAGCUGUUGGGUGUCCUUGACACCUUCAAGAAGCCUGCGUUUCAGAGGGCAGCUCUGCACAGCUAUUGUUUGAAAUGUAAGGUCCAGGGGAUGUUUUCCUUGGAGUAGUGAAUAGUAGGGAUGAUGCUCUCUAGAUUUACCACACAUCACCCACUCUAGUUAUUUUAACAUACCUUUUUCUUCUGCUUUAUGGGAGUUGAUCCUACAAAUCCUUCUUCCCACACCAAGUCCAGUUGAGUUAAAUGAACCAUCACGCAAGUGUAAGGAUGUUCAAUGCUGGGCUAAAUGUCAGUUUUCUUAUUGGCUGCCCCAGUUCCUAUGACCUUUGAGGGACAACAGUGCCCCACAUUAGAUUCUGAACAGAAUAGCCAAUUCUAAAAAGCUAUAUCUUUUGUUAGGAAAGAUAAGUUUAGGACACAUGGGGGAAAUGCGUACUUUUAGUGAUGCCUAGAGUUCCUUCUGAGUCAAUGUUAAUAACUUUUUACACACACUAAGCUGUCUGUCUUUGGGCUGAAAUGUUGCAAUGUAUGAAACAACUUUUGUUUUCAUUCUUUGCAUAGUUCCUUUCAGUGUGUUACAUUUCUGAUCUGAUAAGUUUCUAUAAUAGACUAAAUCCUGCUCCCUUUAUUCACACAAGCCAUCACCUUAAUUCAGUGAGGCUACUUGAAAGGGUAAGUUUUGCCCUGAUGUUGUUUUUAAAAUAAAAGUAUAAUUUAUUUUAGUUCCAGUUCUGCAAUGUAAAUUACAAACAAACACACAGGCUGAAGGAGAGAAGGGUUUAUUUUCUUGUUAAACCUGCAGAUUUUAACAAAGUUGCAAAACAAAUUAUAUUAGCUUUUCAAAAUUUUCUUUAUAUUUUAUGUGAUCACUUUCACUACGUAGCCAAUGAACAUAAUUGGAUGGUUAUGUGUAUAGGCACCUUAGCUACCACCUUAGUUUCAUGUGCAUUAUACCCAGAGGUGAAAGUAAGCCAGUACGGCAUACCGGUAAGAAAGUGGCUGCUGGUACACAGCUGACUGUAUGGGCAGGGCCGCUGAUGGGGGGGGCAAAAGAGGCAGCUGCCCCGGAGCCCGGCGAUUUAAAAGGGCCCAGGGCUCCAGCUGCUGGCGUGGUAGUUGCCAGGAGCCCAGCAGCAAUUUAAAGGGCCCGGGGCUCCUGGCCUCCACUGGCAUGGUAGCAACAGCCGGGAACCCCAGGCCCUUUCAAUCGCUGGCGCGGGCCGGGCAGUACUGACUGGGGAAGUCUGGCCCUGGCCUCAGCCCCACCCCUUCUGGGGGCCCAGAGGCACCCCCCCUGCCCAGGACCCCUGCUACUCUUGUACCAGUAAGUCAGUUAAGUUACUUUCACCCCCAAUGCAGAUAUAUUAGGGAAAGCCUGUUGUGAUUCAGGAUCUUUGGGAGCUCUGCAGAUGCAAGGAAGGGAGAUUAGACCCUAUAUUUUAAAAUAGCCCUUACAAUCUCAUCAUCCAGCUACACUCUAGCUCUAAAUGGUGUCUUCAUUGCUCCCAUAGCACACGCUAUAUUAGAGAGAAUGGUGACCAGAGUGUUUUUUUGUACUAAGACAGCACUAGCAGCGUGCUCUCUCUCUUUUUUUGCCUUGUUAGCUUUGUAGCAGACAGGAGGGGCUGUUGUGUGAUAUCUGCUAUGUCUAUUCCUGCUGAUUUUUCCCUAUAGAUUUUGGAAUUUAGAAAUCAUUAUUAAUAGGUUCAAGAAAUCAAGACAAUUAUGCUGGGUUUCUCUUUUGUGCAUUCAAUUUCUUAUGUUUUCCAUCAUUCACAUAGUCUCCUUUCUUAGUGUUUGUAACUGUUCACACAGAUGAUUAUCUAAGUCAACUACUGCUGGAAGCGUUUGCUCAUAGUAACUUUUAUAUUAGAAACAAAACCUGUAGUCUAAAUUAUGCUCCUGAUUCUAGAAAGAAACAGAAAUGUACUUUUGAACUCCUACAUCCAUGUUUACAUGUUGGAGAUAGUGGAGAAGAGGAACUAAUUUAAUGAGUCUUUCCUGACCCUAGCAGUGGGUACAGUCCACCCAACAGUUCCUCCCCCCACCACCACAUAAAUAGCAGUGUGUCUUGCAGAAUACCUGACAUAUUUCUGAAACAUUUUAAGAAAAAGCCUCUUUAAUAAUUCCAAAUCCCCUCAAUUUCUUCCUGAAUCUGUAUUCAUCUUUUUGUGCUUCAUAGGAGCAGAAAUAGCUCUAUGAUGCACUCACUCAGUCUUGAUUUCAUCAAAUAUAGCAAGACGUGUUGUAAGGCAGUCCUCUUAAUUUCUCAUUUGGGUUACAACCUGUGAGGCCAUUUCACACUCACAUAUUAAAGUGGGGACUUGUUAAUUUAUACACAAGUUUUCAUACGCUUCUAUAUACCUUAGCUUCAGCUACAGUGGCAAAUCGGGGCCUUGUGAUUCACCACUGGUAGCGCAGACUGGACUCAAAUGUUUUUGCUGACAUAAAAAUGCCAGAAAACCACAUAUACUACAGCCUCACCGUUCCUACUGCAGGUAGAGCCAUAUGGGUAGUGAAUUAGCUUGCUUUCUUUAGAUUAGGCCUUUUCUGUACUUCAUGCUAAAAUUCUAUCAUGACUUGAACUUUUUAUCUGUCUUUCACUUUUUGUACAGGAAGUGGGAUGUGGUGUAAACCUGCACACAAAAUGUAACACAAACAGAUGGCUACUUUUACGGCUCUUUUGCAGAGGAACUUGGACCUGCCACUAUUAUGCUAAAGAAGUAGCACAAUAAAAUAAAAUUAAUCAAUGAACAUAGUAAGUAUACCCUAGGGAUGAUUAAAAAAAAAAAAUCAAUUAAAA